AUGUCGACUUCGACUCCAGCGGAUAUCCCUGUCCAAAUCAUUGUUCCCAACGACGCAAACCCCAAUGCCGUUCCUCUACUGGCUGCCGAACGACGCAUCACACCGUCAUGGACCAUCGCACAAUUAAAAGCCAAACUCGAACCUGUUACGGGAAUACCGGCUGGCGCUCAGUCACUCCGCACCAGAGGUUUGGAUGGAGCCUGGAUCAGUCUAGCCGACGAGGCUUCUAUUGCAGGCGAUACAAGAUACGCCUUACGUAGAGGUUCGGAGAUAGAAGUCCUCGACGCCCGGCCGCCCAGCGCACGCCAAACCAUCAAUUUCUCCGACCUGUCCUCUGUUGAGAAAUACCAAAUGCCCGAAUCGCAAUACGAGAAACUCGAAAACAGUGUGCUCGCGUGGAAACGGCGCCAAAAUCUUGGCCGGUUCGACCCCAACGUGCAAUCCCUGGAGGCUCAGGCGCAUAAUCGUCGUGAGCAUGACGAGAUGGAGGUCGCCGUCCGGGGCAUCAAGGUUGGCCUGAGGUGCAGAGUAGGCAAGGCUGAUGGGCGGAGAGGCGUGGUCCGAUUUACAGGGGAAAUCCCGGGGCUGGGCGGCGCCAAGGAGGCAGGCUGCGUUUGGGUAGGGGUCGAGCUUGAUGAACCCGUCGGGCGGAAUGACGGCAGUGUGAGUGUCGAAAUUGAAGACGGGUCCCAUCAGACGAGCAGGGUGUUUCAGUGUCGAGACAAGUUUGGCGUGUUUGCAAGGCCAGACAAGAUCGAAAUUGGAUCUUUCCCACCGCUGGAUGAUCUGGACGAGGACAUGGAGGAAUUAUAG